AUGUCGAAAGACGACGCGAGUAUUGCUUAUGCCAAGAGGCACAACAUCCACCAUCUGUUCGAGCUCAUGGCGACCAAGGUGCUGCUGAACCGUCCCGAGAACCCCUUUGCGUACCUUCGCAACCUCCUCAAGGACGUGGAGGAGUCCGAGAAGAACAGGGUCCCGUACGAUCCCACCCAGGUCCACUUCAACAAUGACGUUAGUGCCGCAGCACCGCCGGCGGGAGACAGCGGCGGCAGUGGCGCGGCGGCUCCAGCAGCGACGCCGACCUCCGCGAAGAAGGAAAAAAGAACGGUGACGCUAGCCACCUUUGGUCUCGACCAGGCGGGCAAGACGUGCGCCCUUUCCGUUCUGGAGAGCGGCGAGGCGGACACGAAGUACACCCCGACCAUCGGGUUUUCCCCGAUCAAGUUCCCGCUGGACGACUACAACUUGUGCGUCUUUGACCUCGGCGGGGCCGCCAACUUCCGCGGCAUUUGGGUGCACUACUACCACGACUGCUUCGGUAUUGUGUACGUCAUCGACUCGGCGGCCAGCGAUGAGCGGGUGGCCGAGUCGCUCAAGGUGCUGCACGAGACGCUCCAGCACCCGUACGUGAAAGGGAAGCCACUCUUGGUGCUGGCAAACAAGAAGGACUUGCCGGAGAGCCGCGGAGUGGGAGUGGUCCCCCAGGGCUUUCUCGAGGAAGCGAUGGGAGAACCCACCGCGCCGCACCGCGUGCUAGCGACGUGUGCCAUAGAAGAUGACCCGACCUUGGUGGAAGGUAUUGAGUGGCUGCUGGAGGUUGUGUCGAAGGAGUACGACGCACUAGUGAAGCGGGUGGCGAAGGACAGCGACGAGGUGAAGAACGAAAAGGCUCGCCAACGGGCUGCCAGGCUGGCCGAAAUUCGCGGCGAGAACAAGUGA